UCGAAAAAAGGAUUUAUUGGGUUUGUUCUGAAAAGAAGAAUACUGUGGAACCAGUAGGCAAUAUGAGGAGACAACAUCCCAGACUUAGCAGAUUUCUCAGAUUAAAAUCCUGCAGCUGCUUGCUUCUGCAUCUGUUUUUUCCAUGACAGACGUUGGCUGUCUCUGGGCUGCAUCCCAGCAACUUUUAGAAAACAGCUGAUCAACCUGCAUCAACAAGACUCCCAACAACCAAAACAAAGCACUGGGAACUGCUGCUACAUCACUGUCGGAAAUGUGGAGGCAGUGAAGUUGCGAAAGGGAAACGAUUACAGACUUUUGCUGCAACAGGUGGUUAGCAGGAGCAGGAGCAGGGGGAGGAAGACAAAUCUGCAGGGAUGGAUGUCCUGUUGUUGCAUCUCCUCCUGUCUGCUCACACAGUCAUUGCCUCUGGUCUGGGAACUUUUAUGUACCAGAAGGCAGCAGGAUCUACCUCCGAACCCAGGACUCCAGAGGAGAACAGGACACGGCUGGAACCUUCUUCCCCAGCUGGCUCCACACCCCCCCGAGCUGUGACCCCGAGUUCCGCCCCUGGUUACGGAACCACAGCACAGGCAGACCCAGAGAGUCCAGAUGGGGGUCUGGAUGGCUUGGAAGCUGCCGAAGCCUUUUUGUACAGUGGGGACAGUUCCAGGCUGUCCAGGGCUAACUGCUCACGGAGGUACCAGCUGAAAGGGCUGUCUGGUUCCUCCAGUGGUGCCCUCCGCCCCUACCUCCACAGCGCCCUGGAUACCCUGACCCAUGCCGCCAACUUCCUCAACAUGAUCUUCCAGACCAACGAUAUCCGCGAGUCCAGCGUCAAGGAGGACAUGGAGUGGUACCAUGCCCUGGUGCGGAGCAUCGUGGCAGGGGACCCCAAGAUCUACCGUGCCCUGCUCACUUUCGAUGCCCAGCCGGCUUCCGUCAGGCCCCAGCUGGUUCUGCAGGCAACCCGGGAGCAGGGCCUGGGCGAGAUCAUCCUGCGGGACCUGUCCUCAGCCUGGGAGGUCCUGCGCAUGGGUAGCAACGCCAGUGACUGGUAUGGGGGGCUCAAGUUUUGGGAAGACCCCCUGCCGGCAUCCUUCCUCCACAAGAGGGUGCUCAGCAACGACCUGCACACCCUCAACACCCUCAAGUGGAGCCCGGGGGACAGCUCCGUGAUGGACCGGGGCCACGUGCGCUGGUCUGGGGCCCCCUUCCUCGAGUGCCAAGCUGGGAGGUUUGUACCCGGCUGGAUGGUCACUCUGUCCACCUCCUUCUACGGACUCAAGCCAGAUCUGAGUCCGGAGUUCAGGGGAGUGAUCCGGAUCGACGUGAACCUGCAGGGGUUUGACAUCGACCAGUGCAGCCCGGGAGAAGCCUGGUUCUCAGACACACACCAAUGCAACCACACCAGUACCCAGUGCAGGCCUCUGAGAGGCCAGGGGUUCAGGCUGAGUCAGUACCGCUGUGUGUGCCUGUCUGGGUUCUACAGCUCUGCCGCCAGCCCCACACAGAACUCACGCAGAGAGGAGGACGGCCCGCUGAACGUCAGUCGCCCCGGAGUGGAGGAUGCUGGGACAGUGCUGGAGUGCCUGCCCUGCCCCUCAGGCUGUCCGCUGUGCCUCGACGGCACCCCCUGCAGCGUGCAGGAGGACUGGUAUCUGCGGACCGCAGUGCUGACAGUGCAAGCCUUCUGCAUGCUCCUCGUGUUUCUCAGCAUGCUGGUGGCUUACCACUUCCGCCAGACCAAGGGAAUCCGGGCGUCAGGUGUGCUGUUAUUGGAAACGAUUCUGUUCGGAUCGCUGCUCCUAUACUUCCCAGUCUUCAUCUUGUACUUCAAGCCCAGCAUAUUUCGCUGCAUUUUGAUGCGCUGGGUCAGGCUCCUGGGGUUUGCUAUCGUCUACGGGACGGUCACUCUCAAAAUGUACAGAGUGCUGAAGGUGUUCCUGUCUCGCACUGCCCAGCGCGAUCCCUACAUGACCAGCUGGCACGUGUUGAAGAUGCUGGCCGUGAUCAUGCUGAUGGUCAGCUGGUUCCUGUCAGGCUGGACGGCUGGAGUGCUGGAGAACCUGGACCGGGAUGUGCCCCUGCUGGUCAUCUCCCAGACUCCCGAGGGGCUGGGCUUCAGUAUGUGUGACCUUGACCGCUGGGACUACAUGACAGCUCUGGCGGAGCUGCUGCUUCUUUGCUGGGGCAGUUUCCUGUGCUACACAGUGCGGACGGUCCCCUCUGCCUUCCACGAGCCUCGCUACAUGGGCAUCGCGAUCCACAACGAGAUGCUCAUCUCCACAGCCUUCCACCUCCUCCGGUUCAUCGUGCUGCCCUCGCUCCACCCUGACUGGAUGCUGCUGCUGGUCUUCGCUCACACCCAUGUUACCAUCACUUUCACCCUCGCCCUGCUCUUCAUCCCCAAGUUCCUGCAUGUGAGCUCUCCCCUGCGGGAGGAGACUGCAGCCGAGGUGUACGAAGACGAGCUGGACAUGCGACGCUCCGGAUCCUACCUGAACAGCAGCAUCACCUCCGAGCACAGCCUGGACCCUGACGAGCUCCGGGACGAGCUGAAGAAGCUGUACGCCCAGCUGGAGGUGCACAAGACCAAGAAGAUGAUGGCCAACAAUCCUCACCUGCAGAAGAAGCGCAGCGCCCGCGGGGGGCUCAGCCGCUCUAUCAUGAAGAGGAUCACAGAGAUCCCUGACUCCAUGAGCCGGCAGUACAGCCACGAGGACAAGGAGGGCUCCCUGGCAGGAGGAGGAGAAGGAGGGGGGAGCCACCAGGGAUCCUGCAAGAAGAAACCCUUUGAGUCCACCAGCUUCAGCAUGAAGAUGAAGGAGGAUUCCAUCAAGAACCAUGUCUUCUCCUUACGCAAGUCUCACAGCACGUAUGACCACGUCCGCGAUCACAAGGACCAGCACAACCCCCAUCACCCCCACCCCCACCGGGCCGGAGAGGGCAAGGACCCCUCCCUUCUGGACUCCCUCAUGCGCAAGAAGCUGGCCAAGAAGGCGUCUGAGAGGUCGGACCCCAAGUCGGUGGACGGCGCCCCAUUGGUGUGCAAAUCGGCCAGCACCCACAACCUCGCUGCCGACAAGAAGCCGCUGCACCCCAACAAGCCCAGCAAGCUGCAGAAGUCUCUGAGCGUCGUGGCGGGCACCAAGGAUAAGACUCAGCUCCUCAUGGGUAAGACCCACAGCUUGGAGGACAACUCCAAAGAGCGUGGUAAAAGAGAGCAGGAGGAGGAGAGAGGGAGGAUGCCUGCAAAUCAAGGUGGCUCCAAAGGCUAUCUACAGGAGCUGGAGAGCGAAGAUGGGGAAACGACCCAGUCUCUCAUGUCUGAAGACCUCAUGCAGAGGACAGCCAACACCCUGCUCAAGGAAGACUUUGACAAGGCAGGGGUCUGUCCUUGGGAGCUGGAAGACCUGACCCAGGAGAACAAGGUCCAGAAGCACAUCUCCUACACUCCCUUGAGGAGAGACGCCACGAAUGGGGAUCAUUAUAAAGAGCCGCCACCAGAGGCAGGGAUGAGACAGCAGGCACACAAGGGUGAGAUCUGCUUGUGGGAUGAUAAAACACCAGGGACCGGCAAAGGUGAUACAUGUCCUCUGGAGGGAGAGGAGCUUCCAAGCAGGAGCGAAAAGACCCAGGGAAAUGGGGGACUGGAGGAUGGGAGAGAGAGUAGUCCGGCUGUGGACGUUUUUCCCUGGGAUCCCGAUCUGCCCCAGGAAACGGAGACGGAUAAAGCCAGGGCUCUGGUGUCCUUUAGCGCCCCGGGAUCUCUAGUGGCAGGGUUCAGGAAAACAAAGGAUUCCAGAGGGUUCUCCUACAGGGGCCUGGAAAAGGGGUUCGGACUGUCCAUGAAAGGACUGGGAGGGAGAGGGAGGGAAGGCAAUGGGAAAGAAAAGGGGAAGAAAGGCACGGAGAAGCAGAGAGAGAAAAAAGACAACAUAAAAAAGAGCAAAGAGAAACCAGCUGCCAAACCCAAGCCGGGAGAGGUUUGCCGCGGGAAGUCUGGGGAGUCUGAGGAGAAUGGCUGUAAAGGAGCUGAUGCGAGUGAAGCCAUGGGCACCAGCAAAGCUGCAUCGGGAAAGGUGUGUCCCAGGGAGGCGGAGAGAUCUGAGGUCAAGGAGACUAAGGGGUCCUGCCACCCCGCUAUGGAGAAGAAAGACGACGUGCGCCCGUGGGACUUCGAGUAAGUUCCGUGCCGAGUUAAACACACAGACUUGAUGAACUAUCCUCCAGAUCCUGCCACAGCGAGUGCACAUUUACCACUGCCAGAUCUAAAGGUGCAAUUUCUCCUUCUGCAGCCAAUUUCAUGAAAGUCUCCCGUUUAACUUUAUACAUCAGUGAGGUUAACCCAGCUUGACAAAAAGACCCCAUACGGAGCACACAUACAGUAAUGAAGGUCGUUUUUACUUGUCCGAAUCAUUCCAUGGAAUUGCACCUUCUCUCCAAUUCUGUUGUAUGAUCAAAACGUCUUUUUCUUCUC